AUGGCCCCAAUCGCAGACACCACCUAUUUCCCGCCGCUUGACAGGUGUCUAGCAGGCGAGACCCGCCUGAUAUCAUGGAGGACAGCAUACAGGGCGCUAUGCGACGAGGACUCGGCCUUGUCAAACUCGAACCUCGAACAAUUCCUCGCCGACAACGACACUGUCGCGCUUCUCAGCAAUGCACUCCAUCCCUUCCCUGGUCCGUCACAGAAGAGCAUGCAAGAGUUGGAUACAAGGACGGCGCCGAUCAAUGUGUCACAGAACAGCAAUGGGCACUAUAAGCUGGACGAGAUCAAAGCGGACACCAAGUGGCUAGCAAAGGAAAUGCAGGUCGACGAGUUGGUAGCGCUGCGCAUGGCUGUUAUUGAAUGGCAAGAAAGGGCGGCAGACCAGCUUCUCAACACCUCCAUGAACCCCCCGAGUGCGUCGUCCGGUCCAGUCGUGCUCUCGAGCUCUGCUUUGGGCAAAAGCAGUUUCAACUUUGCGGCUUCAACGACCGGCCAUUCUUCGCGACCGGCGCUCGACUUUGCAAAUGAGGAUAUUAGGCGACGGCGACUAGUGGAUGUGUACCUGAGUGAGAAGAACCAUCUCCUGAAGCUGAGCACGGAUCUCGUUACCCGUAGUGCUGUUGGCAAGAGCGAUAUCCAAGGCCAGCAUGUCGGUUCUUUACAGGAGCAUACGAAGAGGACCUGGAUGGACGACCUGGCCACGAACGUCUUUGAGAAGCUUUGUUCGAGCGGGCAGAGAGCAGAGCACGAGGCAUUCUGCACCAAAACCGUCGAAUCGAUUGGAUCCUUGCUCGAUACCGUACGAGAUACCAAGAAAUGGCCAAAGAGGUUCCAGGAUAACUCGGAAGAAGCGCAAGUGUAUCUUGCUUCGGUGUAUACCGAGCUCGUCGCUUUGCUACGUCUUCUGUUAGCCAACCUCUACGCCCUUGACGGGAUACCUUCGGCUCCGCUGAUAAGGAAAUGGUACUCCACCAUGGAUAACUGCGACUAUUUGAACGAUUUUGCCGCCCUGUUCGCUGACUGCGAGGCUGCGCAACUGCUGGCAUCUGUGAUCUCGCUCGAGAUCCUGAAGCUCCAAUUUGUCAUUGAAGAGAUCAUGAGGGUAGCGGGCGUAGAACUGCUUAGUUCGAACGCGAUGGAAGGCGCCUUCUAUAUCAAGGACAACGAGUGUAUGUCCUUCUUGACCACAGCAUUCCAUCGAGCUGCAACAUCACAGCUAGUCUGCGCGGCUCCGGCCAUCUACGCUUGGAGCAUCAUGACCUCGAUCGACUGGAGAUCUGAGUUGGAGCACCUUUACAGCGAGGUCAUCGUCGUUCGUGAGUGGGAAGCAGGCAACUCGACGACGCCACAAGUCUUUCUACGUGCAGCCGUCGACGACAUGAACGUGAACAACCUGAUCACAAUCCUCAGCAGCAAAGCCAACGCUCUCUUUGGAUCGGAUGUUGAGUCUGCCACUGGGUUCAUUUGCAAAGAAGCGCUCUUGGACCUCCUACGAGAGGGACUUGACUUUGCGGAAUACGAGGCACCAGUUCUAGACGCCAUUUUGUCGACACUGACCCCUGCUGAGUUCUGCAGCACUUCAGUGAAGCAGAGCAGUAUACUCGCCAGCAAGAUCUACCACGAUAAUGGCAACUUCCGGACUCAUCUCCUCGACCAGACGCUACUCCGCUACCCCUACGAGCUCUCACCACUUCUUCGCCUCUUCACAGCUCUUGCAGGUGUCGAAGACGCAACUAGCUCGGACGAAUUGCCCAAGAUUGUGUCACAGCUGGAUUCGAUGCCCGCCUACACACAAAUCGUUCAUACGAUGUUUUCGGAGUACGCUCUGUCAGAUCCACAAGACGGCAACAAUGGGAUCGUGCUGAACGUGGAUGUGCCCAUGUUUGUGGAAAGAGGACACAGCUUCUUCGAAACGACGACCCAACGAGCCUUGCCUUCAAAUGCCUCCGGUAGCGACUCAGGAGAAGCGUGGAGGGCAAUGUUUGUGCCUGAAGGCACAACAGGUCGCAUCGUCAAGCCUAGCAAACCCUACAUCCUCCAUCUACGACAUCAGCAUUCUGGACUCGAGUAUCUAGGCCUCCUUCUGUCCACGUUCGCGCCGAGCUCAGAGAUUCGGCAAGCUGCCCCUGGCAUUGUCCUCGAUCCAGUCACAGCUGCAGAGAUUGUGACUUUGUUCACAUCAUUACUUUCUGCAACGCUUGAGCAGAGUACAGGCGAUGACAACGCCACUCAUCUGCUCGGGCGGCUGAGUGCUGCUCUACGUAACGAGCAAGAUAUUGUGACCGUUAUCUCGGAGGUGCUCGAGUCGGAAUUGCUGGCGCAUCUUGACCAAAAGGUUCAAGAAGGCUCGCUGGAAGUGGUGACGUCCUGCAUCCAAUUUCUCAACCAGUUGGUCAAAGUCUACCCGGAAAGAGUAUGGUCAAUACUAGUACGCAGCAGCCUUUUGGGAGUCCAAGAUGGGGCCGUGUCGCUUGCGUCUGUCGUGGGCGGGAGCGAGAUACCAGUCGGCCGAUACCAAUUCCUCGAUGCUUGUACGCUGCUUCACUCGUUGCUGCUGGACGAUGCACUGGCUGGACUGGUAAAGCGAAAGGCAGUGGCUGUGAAGAGUAAUCAUCGCUUUGCUCAAGCAGGCGCUGACCUCGACGCCACGCCAGACCGCACCAUGAGCGCGGUGUUGAAUUCGUACCAAAAGAUCCUGCUGGAUGUCCUUCAAAACCUGCCCCACUGGAAAUUUCACGUUCGUCAGGAGAGAUGCAGUAUCGCCAUCAAUAUCCUGGACGCCUUCUCCAAGUUGUUGAGGUGCACAUUUGGAGUCGAUGUGGCGAAGGAUCCCUCAAAGCGACUCACGAACGUGCUAGCCCCAGCAGCGGAAGCGCUUCUCGGCGUCUGUGCUCCUCAGAGCGGUUCCAGUCCUGUUGUUAGUACUUUCGGUCGACUACUACCUGAAGGCCUGCCGAUAGCUGAAGACGGUCUGCCCAUCCACAUCCGCGGACUCUUGAUAGAGCAGGUCAAAUCAUCAUUCCAGUUCCUCACGCUUUUGAUACGCACUGCGAAAGCAGGUAUCAAUCUGUCAGCAACUGGAGAAAAGGAGACUAAAGAAGAGGAGAAGAGCAAAGCUGCCACGCAGCGGACGAUCAACCUGGCUUCAGACAUGGUCAAGCACUUUCCUACGCUUGUCUCGCUCCUGGUGAGUGACCACAGCCUAAAGGCAGAUUUGUUCCCGCUGCUCUCCGAAGUCUUGGAGGCCAUCGGCUCGGGAGACGAAGAUCCACCAUCCAUACUGGCACAACUCGAGCCGAAAGCUCAGGAGGCUUUCUUGUCGGUUACAACUCAGCUCGAUCGACCACUGUGUGAUGUUCGAGUGGAGCGGCGAGUAUGGGAAUUCUUGUCAACCGUCAUGAGCAGCAAGCAAAGCUAUUUCGCAGCGUUCCUCCUCACUGGGCAACUACCCAAGAAGCGCGUAGAUCGACAUGAGUCGAAUCACGUCAAAACGAAAUCAAUCCUGACGCACGUGCUGGAUCAACUCGCAGCGAUAUCGAUCUUACCACCGGAGCGUGGCAAUGGCAUGCUCAAGUUUGUUGCAACCUCGCAGCAGGUCUGGGUGUGGGCGAACACGGAGAUACGCUCGCAUCCGGAUUUUCUCAAGAACACCCUUACUUGGAUUGAUACCCUCGGAGUGGCCCCUCGAGAUCCGUCUCCAGGCUCCUCCAUUAUAUUUGCCAAGGAGUGUGAGAUGGCUUCGUACCUGUGCAAUAUCUUCGCGAUCAGCAUACACGCAGGUCAGGAGACAGGCGACAAGACUGUGCUGAAGAGUCUGAUUCCUAAGCUGUCGUUCCUGCGUGAGCAUGCGGUCACCGUGAACGCGUACAAUCGAUCUUUGCACAGGAACCUCUCAGAGAACCUCAAACGCAAAUUUCCCCAGGCCGAGCUGUCUGACUUCAAGAGGACGACUGUCAAUCCUGCGACAUACGGCACCGAGUUUUUCUACGACAGGGGAUUCGCAACCAGUGUGCUCAGUCAUGAUGUCUCCUGGCAUGGUGGCAACAAGGGCCGAAGUCAAGGCUUUUCAGACGAAUUCGCCCGAGCGAAUGCUAAUCUGAGUCUCCUUGAUGCACAGACGAAGCUGUUGACGAGCUGGAAGGCUGUGGCCAUCACGAUCUGCGAACUGGCAGACGAGGAGCCAAGUACACAUCCCGUGUUAGCUGAGGUGGCAGAGCAGUGCCUAUUAGCAAAUGCUGAUCCACAACUCGACCAGCCAGGUGCUGCGGACGUGCUGAACGAGCGGAUCGAACUGGCGUUCGUGCUUUGCUCCAAGGUCGUCGCUCUCAAGGUGCAGGACCAGAAGGCGAAGGACCUCGUGAAGGCUGCGUGGGAACUCGUCAACUUGUCGCCGGUUGACUUCGACAUCGCGACUGUCUCCGAGGAUGUGAACUACUACCGCCAACUCCUUCAAGUCUUGUACCUCACUAUUCUGCCUCACGGCUUCGUCGGGAAAGCUCAACAAGGUGGAGCGACAAGCCAGACUCAGCUUCUCUAUCUGGACCCUGAAAUCAGCGCCAUCCUGGUCAGUAUUAUCGGCAAAGUCGUUGCCCCUGGAUUCCGCGCCUUGUGUGCCAACCUUCACACUGAUCCGGAUUUGGCUCUACCUGCGGAUUUCGCAUUGCUCACUGCACUGUUACAGGCUGUGAUAUCUGUCCCAGGCAUCAGCUCAGUCCACACGCGGUUGUCAGACAUUGUGGCCGACUCUUCUCUCAUACGAGGGGCUUUGAGUCUCUACUCGUGGUCCGAUCAGUUGGCAGAAUCAACAGCGCAUGAUCCGAUAUUCGGCGAGGUAGCGGUCAUGUUCCUGUUGGCUUUGUCGACUGUGCCUCCCAUUGCAGUGCAAAUAGCACUAUCUGGCGCGCUCACCCAGCUUUCGGCCAGCAACCUUUCCAACUACUUCCGGAAACCUGGUGGCAAGGGACCCUUCGAUGAACCUCAGCGCAUGUUCGUCAUUUGGAGCGAAGGCUUUCUGCCGAUAUGUCUGAACCUGCUGGACGCCGUGGGGCCGCCGAUUGCAGCAGAGGUUGGCGCUUUCCUUAACUCUUUCUCAGAACAACUACACCGUGCAGGGCGAUCAUUACGGAACGAGACACCAUCGCCGCGCAAUCCGAGAGCAGGGGCAGUGACGCUGGGCCUUGUGGCCGAAGCGAACAGUCUGGCGAUGCUAUCGGCUAUUCUCGACUCAGAUGAAGCUCGCGCAGCAGCGGAAGGCAUCAAUGCGGCAGACAUUCCCGCCCUCGAAUACGACGUGGAGGCAGUGAAGGCGUUGGUGGAGGCACUAUCACGGAAGAGGAAUCUGAGUGAGCGAUUGACACCGACGAAUGCACUGGAGGAGAGGUGGUCGAAGACGGUGACGAAUGGGACAGAUAACGUCCUUCUACAAAAGGCGUUGAAGGAGAUCGAGGGCAUGCUCGCUGUCGUCGGCGGCUCGGAUCCUUGA